UGUAUUUAAAUGUCUUAAGCUUAUCCAUAAUACUGUUUUUCAGAUAAGAAGUACUUAUAAUGCAUGAAUCAUUGGCAUACCAAACUGUUCAAAUUCAAUUCUAUAAUCUUGUGUUUCCAGUCUUCUUUGUGGUCACAGGUUUAGUUUAAAAUAUAGGUUCUAUAUUAUGCAGGUAAAACUGUUGCAUAAAGCAGUUAAAAUUAAAAACUGGAGUUUUGUUUCUUUAAGAUGGAUAAGGAAAACAAGACUUGUUUCUGCUGUGAAGAAAUUAUUCUCACUAAAUGCACAGAAGUAGAGACUGUACUGAAGGCAUACUAUGUGAAGUCAUGUAGUUCUGCUCACCUUCUUCUCAAGAAAGUUUUCUUAGGUCUUUGUGCCCUGAAUGCUCUCACCACUACAGUUUGCUUGACAGCAGUUGCCCUGCGUUUCUGGCAGAUAUUUGAAUCAAGAAGAUCCUGCCUAGGUGAACUUCAGAUUGAAGACCAAGAUGACAGUUUGGAUCCUGAUGGUUUUGUCCCACUGGUGCCACCUCCCUCCUAUUUUGCCGCUUGUAAUUCUGGUCCUCCCCAAACAAGUCACAGGACACUUGGGCUUUCAUUGCCCCAUGCUUAUGCAACGCGAAUCAAUGGUGCUGAAGUGUUCUUCCGUCUGGAACCACCUCCUCCUUAUGAAGAUGUGCAGAGUUCCAACACCUCUGAGCAGGGAGGUGCAUUACAAAUAAAUGUAAUGAACUGUGUUGAUUUGGUGGAAGUGAGUGAAGGGCAGGACUCUCAAGGUGAUGGCACCUGCCCAGGAGGCCAUGUCAUUGAGAGUCCAUUUGUUACCUUUCAGCUGGUGUCCUGGAGAGCUGUGAGGACCUGACUACUUUCACCACAGAUGAAGAUCAGCUAGCAGAGAGAAGGAUCUAAGGAGCAGAACAUGAAUGGCCUCACAGUCUUAUUAGUGUUGUCUGGGAAACUGUACUUAAAGUACUGUUUAAAACUGGUUUCUGGUUAUUCCUGAGCAGAGCACUUCUGUCAGACAUAUACACACUGCACAGGAAAAUCAUGUCUGACAAGGGGUGGAAAAGUGUAUUAAUAAUCUUACUUACUUUUUUAAUACUCUGAUACACAGACAAAGCGUAUUAAGCAGAUUGCAAGCUGACCUUUAUUAAGCUCUCAGUUGCAUAGUGUGAUACGUUGCUGUCCUGUUGCAUCUCUUUGAAGUUUGGUAACAUGCAGUGUUUGGGUAUACAUCAUUCUUGUGGAAGGAGUUGUCAAAAGCAGUAUCAAAGAACUUUGCUUAUUAUCAGUACUUUUGUUUGUAUUAAAAACUCUAGUCACAAAAGUAGACUUCAAGAUACUACGUAAGUUAGUAAAAAAAAUUGUGUUCAGAAUUUUAAAAUUAUUCUUUAUAAAAGAUGGUGUUGGUUUGCAAACUGAAAAUAUAAAGAAGUGCUCUUUUGGCUCAGUGAACUUCUCACUUAAUGGCAGAAUAUUAUUCUUGUCUUACUGACACAACAAAAACCAAAACCAAACCUCCAAAGCCACAGGUGUUUUUCAGCACGAGGUGCUGGCUUGUUACCAUCCCAGUAAGAAAGGCGCUCUCUGUAUAGUCUCAUUUAAGAUGCUGUUUAUUAGAGCAGAUACUAUGACGAAAGAAGGUAGUAUAGAUAAUUUUAUAUCCCUUCAGAUGCUGGGAAUCCCAAAUUGUGCAGCAUUAAACAGGGAGCAACAAGUUGUAAAGAUCCCAUCCAUUUUACCCCAUAUUGAUCAUUUGAGGUAUUUCAAGGUUUUUCUAGAAGAAAACAAUUCCAUUCAUCAUUUCUACUGUCAAACUGAAGGACGUUCAUAUAAACGUUAAAUAAAAAGGGUGUUCACAUGGGACUUUACUGCUGCACUUGUAGACAAAGGUAUGGACACAUGUACUACUGAGUUAUUUGCCAUUUUGAGUACCACUGGAGCUGCUUUCAGGCUCCUUUCUUACAAUCAACAAGCUAAAUUUAUCCUGUGGCAAAGGAAUAUCCCUGAAGGUCCAGCUGUAGAAGCCGCACAGAGCAGCACAGCACAGGCCUAGCCCUACUCAGGUUAACGCACACAUGGAUCACCGACUCUUCCAUGUACUGUGUUCUUCAGGUCAGGAUUGCUGCCAUAUGCUUCUGAACUGAACAUUUAUUUAAACUGCAGUCCCAGCCCUGUUCUCAAACACUGUCAGUCCUUACAGUGCACCAGCAUCACCUCUUCAGCCUGCAAGGCAUUACAGGGUACUGGAACUGUGGUAGGGCCCGCUUGUGCGCUGUGUGGAUCAGUAAAACACUGAAGGGGAGAGAAAGAAAAAUGUCCCCUGUGAAUAAGGCAAAUCUGUGAAAUUUGUACCUGUACUGCUGAACUAAAGACUUAUGUUUAUCUACUGAAA